UGGGUCCCUGUACGGCCUCCCAUUGCUGCUGUCUCCAUCGCCACACUCUGCCAUGUGCCACUUUCAGGUCUCCUCACACUGCUGGUGGGUUCCAUUUUUGUCAUAAGGUGCUGUAUGGCCUCCCAUUGCUGCUGCCUCCACCGCCACACUGUGGCUCCACACUCUGGUUUUGGCCCCGUGACUGCCCAAAUGAGUGAAGUGUGCGGUGAUUCUAAGAUCGACGGCACUCAUCUGCAUGUCAUACUGACUGACAGUAUUAUUUAUCUUCCCCAGCAGACUCCAAGGGCAUUUAAAUUAAAGGUACAGUGUUCUGCACUAAUAUAA